ACCGGAAAGCCAGUGUAACUUUCUUGUUUUGCACAGGUUUUCCGUGGUUUUCUUCUUUGCUACACUCCUUGAACAAUGCCGAACUUUCAGCGGAGAUGGACUUAAAACUUACUGCCUGAAGAAAGGGAACCAUGCUCCGCUGCAGAAGGUGUCGGAAAGGCGUCAUAGACUCAACAUGUUUGGCCAUGGUUGAGGCCACAGGUGAAAGCUCAUGUGCUAUUUGCAGCAUUUGGCAUGUGAAUGUUGACACGUUGCCAGAGUGGAUACUGACCUCAGUUCACCAGACCCAGUGGACUGUAGGAAAACUCAACUGCCAGAACUGCGGAGCUCGUUUGGGCGGCUUCAACUUCAUUGAUCGCAGUAAGUGUCCCUGUGGUCAGGAGGCCGCCGUUCACCUCAACAAAAGCCGUGUGGAUCGUGACCAUAAGCACUACGUUCUCAUCGUCCAGCCGAGGAGGAGGAGGGUGACAGCGAAGGGACAGGCUGGUCUGCAACCAGACAGCAAUCAAAACAAUGAGGAGAGGCAUGAGUUUAACAGGACUGCACUGGACAGUUUACAGCGUAACCGUGCUGCUGUCAUGUCACACAUCAGCCCUGCAGAGGUUUCAAAUUCACUAACUGACAGUGAACGCACCCAGUCAUUUCCUUUCAGUCCUCUGUACUGCAUUUCUCAUAGGAGAAGGUGCAGUUUGGAAGAGGAUGCCACCUUCAGGCCUUCAUGUUUUUGCCCUUCAAGUCUUACGAACAAGUCUGCUCUUAAUUUGAGGAGAGCAGGGACAGAUGAGUCUACACGGUCACCUGUCUCAUAUCCCACAAGUCAGCAGCUUGACACAGAGGGUGAAGCCUCAGUCAAUGCUGUUGCCUUCCAUUCCUUUGUUCCUGGGGGGAGACAGUUACCUCUGGAUCAGCAUCUGCUGCAAACUGUGGAAGAUGUGGGGUCUUCUGUAGAGACCACCGCUGUCCACGAGGACGUUUCUGAUUCAACCCUCUUCCUCAGAGGACGAACCGUCUCUGACAGUGUAGCUGAGCAGCAAGAGGAAAUGGUGCCUCAAGCCUCUGUGACCCCCCCAGCCUCAAACAGCCUGAGCAAAAGAGAGAAGAACCGUCAGAAGACUCUGCGGAGGAAACAGAGGAGGAGAGAGCGAUGGCUGCACAGUCAGCUGGAGCAGGAGCAGGCUGAGAAUGUGACACUGUUGGACAGUGAGGAGGAGGACAGAGAGGGUCUCACCUGCGCCGUGUGUCUGGACGUCUACUUCAGCCCGUACAGCUGUAAGCCAUGCGGCCACGUCUUCUGCGAGCCGUGUCUUCGCACGCUCGCCAAGAACCGACCGACAAACACGCCCUGCCCUCUCUGCCGCACCCUCAUCUCACACACCGACCUCCACCAAGAGCUCAACCAGACUGCAAAGGCCUUCUUCCCAAAGAUCUACUACACCCGCAAGCAGAACUUCCAGAACGCCCCGUGUGCAAAAUGGCCUCUGCCCAGCUGUCGCAAACACUUCAGUACCUUAUGGGGGUAUCAGAGACAGGCAGCGACAGCAAGGAGACGCUGGUACUUCCCCCAUAGAGGCAACGCUGUGGACCUCGCCUGGGUGUUUUACAUCGGCCUGGUCAUCGCCUACAUCCACUCAGUCAACUGGAUCCUGGUUUUCUUGAUCCUCUGUUUCCUCAUGUAUUACUUCUUCUUUUGAGAAAACUGGAGAAUUCGCAAUGCAGGUUUAUCUGUCUUCUUUUUCUUUAAACAGAUAUGAGUUUUUGUGGUUUCACGGGUUGGAGAGUUGAACCUGUUAUUUCAGUUUAAAAUAUCUGAGAAAUAGCAGUGGUUGAGACACUGGUGGUUUUUUUCCCCUGUUUUAAGUGCAAUAAUUUACUCUGAGGUGUCCUAAGAUACAAAAAUAAUGGACAAGACCUGAAGCAGAGUGCAGUGUCCUCUAUCAAUUCUGUUACUUCCUACAUCAGGAAGACCUCAUCAAAAGUGCUGUUUGCUAGUGAAAUCUUAGGUGGUAGAACUGUUCGGUAAUAAUGGUGUAAUGGUUUUUAUUAGACUAAAAACUGUAAUGCAACUUGAUACUGUAGUUGUUGGGAUUUAAAGAAAUAGUUCAACGUUUUGGGGAAAUGUAUUAUUCUUUCUCUCAGAGUCAGAUGAGAAGGUUGAUAUGAUCUCAUGUUGGUGUUUUAAAUAGGGAGCUGGAGCUGUGAGCAGAUUAGCCUAGCUUAGUUAAAAGACUAGAAGAAGGGAGAGCCAGAAAAACACACCAACCAACCAACAACAAACAAGAUUCAAAGUGUUAGUGAGCUUUAAAGGUGUUGGUAGGUGUAUAUUUUAGUUUGAGACAGAGCCAGGCUGCCUGCUUCCUCCUGCUUUCAGUAUUUAUGCUAAUGACUCCAGCUCAGUCAUAUGAUUAAUAACAAUCUUCUCAUCUAACUGUUAAAUAAAGCAAACAAGUUUAUUUCCCCACACUGUCCCUUUAGUGUAGCACAGACAGGAUGAGUCAAACUAGCACUUUACCAAAAACACAAGUGAUUCAGCAAUAUACACACAAAACUUUGAAAAAUGUGAGAUCCGUCAGCCUCUUGUAACGUCAGCGUCAGCGCGACUGAAAGAAUUUCAGUCUGGUAUUUUAGUGAGUGUAGUUCAGUGGAAUGAUGUAGAAUUCAGAUUCAGGUAAGAUGAAUUGAGAGGCACUGCUGAGAAAGUUUUGCUUCUAUGUGUACAUGUUGUGUUAUUUACAAAGGAAAGGGUUACUCAGGAACCAGAUAUCUAACAAGUGAAGAGAGCAGCAUUGAUUGAUUGAUCGAUUGAUUUAUCGAUUGAUUGAUUGAUCGAUUGAAAGGCUGACAGUAGCAGGGAGCAGAAAGAGCAGACAGAUUUGUGUCUGUACGGUGCCUUUUCUCAGUCUGUGUCUUCCGUCUACAACGGGAAACAUGAGACUGGAACCAGUCGAUUUUCAGUUUUAGCUCUGUGAGUGUACGCUGUAUUCAUAGGAAGCCAGACAGGAAUAAGCUUUUAGUGAAGGAAAACGACUCACAGAAGUUAGAUUUAAAAAAAAUAUAUAUAUAUCAGCUAGAUAUCAGCAUUCAUAUUGUGUAAAGAGUUUAUUGUCUUACUAAAAAUAAACUAUAAAGGCAAUCGGGUGUGUUAUUUGAGUGCACCCAUGCAUUUUUUUAUUUAAACAUAUAAGGUCAGAUUCAGUAUUUUCAUAUUAUUCUUUUGUUUUGUUUGUUUGACUGCUCAGUAAUACGAGAUUGGACCACAUUAGUGAAUUGAUGCAAAUAAAA